AUGAAGCGGAAGAACGAGAGGCGAUCAUCGAGCUGGCUCAGGGUGUCCAACACCAAGAGCUCACUGGACUUACUGGGAGCCAAGAAGAGCAGGAACUCGACUUCUCAGGAUCUGGUGGAUCUAGAACUAGAGCGAGAGGACAUUUACUUGGAUAUCACCGAUCGCCUUUGUUUUGCCAUUCUUUACCAGAAACCAAAGAGUGCUGCAAACAUACACUAUUUCUCCAUAGAUGACGAAUUUGAAUAUGAGAACUUCUUCGCAGAUUUUGGACCACUCAAUCUGGCAAUGGUUUACAGAUAUUGUUGCAAGAUAAAUAAGAAAUUAAAGUCCCUUACAUUGCUAAGGAAGAAAAUAAUUCAUUUUACGGGUGCUGAUCAAAGAAAACAAGCAAAUGCAGCUUUCCUCAUGGGGUGUUUCAUAAUAAUAUAUUUGGAGAAAUCUCCUGAAGAUACCUACAGGAUGCUGUUGGUUGGAAACAUAUCCUAUGUUCCUUUCAGGGAUGCUUCCUAUGGUAAUUGCACUUUCUACUUAACACUACUCGACUGUUUUCAGGCAGUACAUAAGGCAAUCCAUUAUGGCUUCCUUAAUUUUGAAAAAUUCGACCUUGUUGAAUACGAGCAUUAUGAAAAAGCAGAAAAUGGAGAUUUAAACUGGAUAAUACCAGGCCGAUUUAUUGCCUUCUGUGGCCCUCACCCAAGAAACCGACUUGAAAGUGGUUACCACUAUCAUACACCAGAAGCCUAUGUUCCUUAUUUUAAAAGGCACAAUGUUACAACCAUUAUUAGACUCAACAAAAAGGCAUAUGAUGCUAGGAGAUUUACAGAUGCCGGUUUUGACCAUCAUGAACUUUUUUUUGCUGAUGGCAGCAUACCUAGUGAUGCCAUAGUAAAAGAAUUUCUGAAUAUUUGUGAAAAUGCCGAAGGUGUUGUAGCAGUUCAUUGCAAAGCCGGUCUUGGAAGAACAGGCACCCUUAUAGCUUGCUAUAUCAUAAAGCAUUAUAGGAUGACAGUUCCUGAAACCAUUGCCUGGAUCAGAAUCUGUAGACCUGGCUCUGUGAUUGGACCUCAGCAACAUUUUUUGGUGUCGAAGCAGGCAAGCCUUUGGACAGAAGGAGACUAUUAUCGCAAGAAAUUAAGGGACCAGGAAAAUGGAAGACAUGCAGCUGCAGUUACAAAAAUCCUCACAGGGGUUGAUGACAUUUCAAUAUGUGAAAUCCAAUCUGAAGAAACUAAAGAUUCUGAAUCGUACAGUGAUGAUGAUGAUGAUGAUGAUGAAAUAAACAGAAUGACUCAAGGUGAUAAGCUACUUGCCCUGAAAAGUAGAAGACGGGCAAAACCAGCAACUUCUAUUCCUCUAACAGUAAUUCUUCAGUCCAGUGUUCAGAGCAAUAAAACAUCUGAACCUAACAUUUCUGACAGUUCUGGCAUUUUUCAAAGAACUACCAGAUCUGCUGCAAGAAAAAGCAGUUUUAAAAGUAGCCACUCCAUUCCAAGGACUAGAACAGUCUUGCGUUAAGGAAAAAAAAAUGUGGCCAGAACUGAAGGAAUCCUCUAGGAAAAGGAAAACAACAGGACCUAACACAGUUUUCUUUGGAAAACCAAACAAAAAGCAAAAAAAAAAUUUUUUUAAUUGCCUCCAACUAAAACACUUGGUCAUUGAAGAAAAUGUACACAAGAGUUUAAUUAGUUGAAUUUAUUCAUACUGUUGAGUCUUGAGGUCAGUAAUUUGAUAAAGAACUCAAAAUCUUUAUGUUAAGAAAUGUUUGAAGUUUGGCAAACAAAAAUAAAUCUAUUGUAAAUUUAGUCUCAGGUGUAAAUAUGUAGCCUUCUGUUAUUAAGAAGGCUCAAGAGUCUGUUUGGUGCAUGUGUAUAAACUGUGAUGGCAAUCAUUUUUAGCUCUUGGCCUCCAAAGGAAUGGAGAAUCUGAGGCGGGCUUCUGUAUAUUUAUUUUGUUUGUUCUCACUAUGUUGUACUAAGAUGUAAAAGGAAACUGCUUUAUGGAAAGAGUACUUUUUUGAUUUGUUGUAAUUUUAAUAUUUCAUGUUAAUUAGCCAAGUAUACCAAAUUGCUUGCUUUCCACCAAAAAAUGUUUUACUUACUGGUAACCUUACAUAAACACUGUUAUGUGUUUUGGUACAAAGUGUAUCUUUUAGAAAAUAUUUGAAAACUAGUGAAAGAAAAUGAAUAUUACUUUAGAAAGCCAAGAGAGAGAACUGGUUUCAAAUAGUACAAAUGCUGCAUAAUUUCAUUUCUCAUCCUUAAAACCAUUUAGUAAGUGAAUAGCCUCCUGUAACUUGUCACUGUUUUGUUGCCCAGUAACAUGAGCAGAAAGCCUUUCUUUUAAAAAAAAAAAAAAAAGAAUACUGUGACUUCUUUCCCUUAUAAAACAAAAAUUCCAAGGAAUUUAAAUUUUUUUUCUUAAGGUACCACUUUAAUUGAAUUCUGCCAUUGCUUUUUUCUCCCAUAUCUUAUCUCAUCUCCUCCUUUGAUUCAAACUAUAAUGGUUUGCAUCUAUGGAUUUCAGUUAUUGUUAAAUAUAGGAUCUCACUUAUUGCCUUUAUUUAGGGUAUACAAAAAUGUAACUCUUUCUAUAGUGCCUUGUUCAAUCCAACGAAGCAGAGUAGAUUCUGUGAAUAAUAACAAUUACAGAAAUUUAAUUUAAAACUUAAGAUGUAUCUUAUUACCUACAAAUAAAAGGGGGCCUAAUGGUAAAGAAUAUUUUUACUAUCUUGAGUUCACUUUUUUUUUCCAUAUGCACAUGAAUGAGUGAAUGAUUGUUACUUUACUAGACUAGUUUCAGGCAAUCCAGUUUGAAAAGUUGGACCAUUGAAAUCUUACAGAAAAUGGAUACUUUUAUAAUAUAAUACAGAUGCAUUAAAUAAAUGUCAGCCAUGUUUAUUUUUAUACCUAAUUUAUUUUUAAGAGCUGUUGUUAAAAGGUGAAAAAGAGGCUCUUCCUGGGCUGAAGGAUGAUUGUAAUUAAAAGCCUGUAAAUGCAAAAAAUAAUAAUUAAUAAUAAAUAACUUUAAAGCAGUGGUUCUAUUUGGGGGGCAAGGGGCACUUCUCUCAGAUAUAUAUAUAUAUAUAUAAAACACUGAAAUUGGCAGCUGACAUAGCUUCUUGCAAUUUAGCACAAAAUACUUCUCACCAUCCUUGAGACUAAAGAAUUGAGGGUAGGACUCGAGGUAAUGGCUACUAGGACAUUGGUUAGUAAGUUAAUUAGCCCAGAGGCAAAAUCAUUUCCCCACUGGCUACUAUAUCAUCUGCUCCAGAGCAUGUGGAGAGAAAAAAGACUAUUGUGUUUGUACUAUGGUGGGAACAAAAAGGAAAAAAGAGAAUAAAUAAUAAAUAAUGGUUAUAAAAAGUGAAUAUAAUGUUAAGCUCCCUAUACUCAGGGCUAUUUUCUUACUUUUGUUUCUCUAAAAACUUUCCUCUAUUAAUAACAAGGGAUAAAAGCAAAAUCAAACCAUUUGUAAUUUCCUUAUUAACUGUAUUGGUCUUUUAAAGCAAAAUGGGAAAACCUGCUUUCCAUCCCACCAAACUUUUCCCCAAGAUUGAUAUUAAUUUUUUUGACUAGUAAUAAAAGAUCUUGACUGCAGUGUUUCCACUGUAAGCAUUUUAGCCUUCAAAUCGACAUCACAGAGUGAGUCCUCAACUCAGCCUUUCUUGAAUUUCUAG